CAGGCAAUAAACGCCGCGCGCGGGGCUGCGCCGGAGUCGCCGGGAGCCAGGGGCUCCCCAACGCGCAGGGGAGACGCUUCAGAGCCCUUGCAGACCUCAUCAUGCCUGUUGCUGCCACCAACUCCGAGUCUGCCAUGCAGCAAGUCCUGGACAACCUGGGAUCCCUCCCCAAUGCCACAGGUGCUGCAGAGCUGGACCUGAUCUUCCUUCGAGGCAUUAUGGAAAGCCCCAUAGUCAGAUCCCUGGCCAAGGCUCAUGAGCGACUGGAGGAGACGAAGCUGGAAGCUGUGCGGGACAACAACCUGGAGCUGGUGCAGGAGAUCCUGCGGGACCUGGCCCAGCUGGCGGAGCAGAGCAGCACCGCAGCGGAGCUGGCGCGCAUCCUCCAGGAGCCGCACUUCCAGUCCCUUCUGGAGACACACGACUCAGUGGCCUCCAAGACUUAUGAGACCCCACCCCCCAGCCCUGGCCUGGACCCCACAUUCAGCAAUCAGCCGGUACCUCCAGAUGCCGUGCGCAUGGUGGGCAUCCGCAAGACUGCAGGAGAGCACCUGGGCGUGACAUUUCGGGUGGAGGGUGGCGAGUUGGUGAUCGCACGCAUCCUGCACGGGGGCAUGGUGGCCCAGCAAGGCCUGCUGCACGUGGGGGACAUCAUCAAGGAGGUGAAUGGGCAGCCGGUGGGUAGUGAUCCCCGGGCGUUGCAGGAGCUCCUGCGCAGUGCCAGUGGCAGCGUCAUCCUCAAGAUCUUGCCUAGCUACCAGGAGCCCCAUCUGCCUCGUCAGGUAUUUGUUAAAUGCCACUUCGACUAUGACCCAGCCCGGGACAGCCUCAUUCCCUGCAAGGAAGCAGGGUUGCGUUUCAAUGCAGGUGAUUUGCUCCAGAUUGUAAACCAGGACGAUGCUAACUGGUGGCAGGCCUGCCAUGUGGAAGGGGGCAGUGCGGGGCUCAUUCCCAGCCAGCUGCUGGAGGAGAAGCGGAAGGCAUUUGUCAAACGGGACCUGGAGCUGACCCCCACCUCAGGGACCCUAUGCGGCAGCCUUUCGGGAAAGAAGAAGAAACGAAUGAUGUAUUUGACCACCAAGAAUGCAGAGUUUGACCGCCACGAGCUGCUUAUUUAUGAGGAGGUGGCCCGCAUGCCCCCAUUCCGCCGGAAAACCCUGGUGCUGAUUGGGGCGCAGGGUGUGGGCCGGCGCAGCCUGAAGAACAAGCUCAUCAUGUGGGAUCCGGAUCGCUACGGCACCACGGUACCCUACACAUCCCGGCGGCCCAAGGACUCAGAGCGGGAAGGCCAGGGCUAUAGUUUUGUGUCCCGUGGAGAGAUGGAGGCCGACAUCCGUGCUGGGCGCUACUUGGAGCAUGGCGAAUAUGAGGGCAACCUGUACGGCACACGAAUCGACUCCAUCCGGGGCGUGGUCGCUGCUGGCAAGGUGUGCGUGCUGGAUGUCAACCCUCAGGCAGUGAAGGUGCUGAGGACUGCCGAGUUUGUCCCUUAUGUGGUGUUCAUUGAGGCCCCCGACUUCGAGACCCUGCGGGCCAUGAACCGGGCUGCACUGGAGAGUGGGGUGUCCACCAAGCAGCUCACGGAAGCAGACCUGAGACGGACAGUGGAGGAGAGCAGCCGCAUCCAGAGGGGCUACGGGCACUACUUCGACCUCAGCCUGGUCAACAGCAACCUCGAGAGGACCUUCCGUGAGCUCCAGGCCGCCAUGGAGAAGCUGCGGACGGAGCCCCAGUGGGUGCCCGUCAGCUGGGUGUACUGAGCCUCUUCACUGGGACUUGGUUCCCUGCUGGGUUGUGACCUACCACCCGAAUCCAUUCCUUUCCCCACCCGUGACCCUCCACAGCCACAGCCACAGUCUUCGGCCCCCACCUCUGGCUUUUCUGGGUAACAGCUCCCAGGAGGCUGGAAGACUGGCUUCAGCACAGAGGUGUGCCCUGCCAGGGAGCUGGGUGUUCAUGGGGUACCUUUGUGCCCAGGUGCUGUCCACUCCCAGGCCCACUGGCCACUCCAUGUCUCUCCCUAAAGGGCCAAGCUGCACCCCGGGAGUAUGCCAGAGUCACCCCCAUUGUGCUCAGUCAGAGGAGAGCAAAACUGCCUGGGGACCCCAUGGUCAGGGGCCCCCUGCCACCUCUCUGCAGCUGCCUUUCCUCCUCCAGAUUGACCACUCCAACCCCAUUCCUGAGCUCUCCCACCCCUCACCCCUGGUCCUACAUAAAGGCCUUGGGCUGUUUCCUUUGGCCAGUCAAGCAGAGCUGGGCAGUGGUACCAGUGGGCCAUCUUGGAGGCUGGAGGACACAAACCAUGAGUGGUUGUCGCAAGUGGGCAGCGUAGCCCUCAGCUGCCUUGGAAGGGGUGGACACUGCCCUGCCUGCCCUCACCCACAGCUUCUCACUGCCAGAGUCUCUCCACAGCCUUCCCCCAUGUGCCCUUGGCAGGUCAUCCCUGCUCCCCAAAGGGCAAGGCUGGCAGCGGCUGGUAGGCUCAGCCCAGGUAUGUGUGUAUGUGUGUGUGUAUAUGUGUGUGUGUGUGUGUGUGUGUGUGUUAGAAGGCUGAGCCCUGUGCUCAGGCACCUGCUGUAUGGACUGAAGGGCUCCAGGGCCUAUGGUGGGGGACCCGUUCUCCCUAUUCAGGAGUUUUGUCCAUGUUGAUCUUUUUGGCGGGGUCCAGGAGGCCUACUCACACCAGGGCUGCCAGGGUGGAGGUAGAGGGACUUGUGAAUGUCGGCUUGGAGGCCCACAGGCUCCCUCUAGUAGCUUCUGGCACUUUGAGGCUGUGCAGCCUGUGGCUCCGCUUGCUUCAGGGCUGGGCUGUGUUCUCAGCCCUGUUGUGGUUGUGUGUCAAGCUCGGUUUGGGGCAAGGGGUGGCGGGGAACUAAGGAUUGUUUUCUUUUGGAGAUUACUCUCUGGGCUCCAUUUAUGGGGGAAUUCCCCACCAGCUCCAUUUCAGUAAGACCCACAUCCCACACUCCAGGGCCUUGGCCUUCCCCAGCUGGCUUCCCCCACGCUCCCCCUGUCCCCUGUCCUGAAUGCCACCCUCCAGUCCUGGGGGAGGGGCAAUUCUGUAAAAUAGAUGAAUCCCUUUUAAGAAAAGAAUCCUGUCCUACAUGACCUCGGGGCAUCUCACCCCUCAUUCUUCCUGAGGUAAGCCUGCCCUCAUGGGGGACCCUCAGAACCCCCAUUCCUGUGCCUCCGGGUUCUUCUGUGUGUCCAGUCAGCCUUGGCUGCAGUGUCAGUCAGAGCUGACCCCUGAGCCACUGUGUGUCUGUUUCCUAGGGAAGGGGAGAGAGAAGAAACAGAAUAUUUAUUACAAAGGUUAGAAAUAUAUUUAUUAUAUUAGGAGUCUCGUUUGCAUCAGAUAUGCAAAAGAGGUGUAGAGGUCAAGUCAGCUCCCGUCUCAUUUGCAUAGCUCAUCUGCAGUCUUUAUAUUCCUUUCCCCUUGGAGUCCUGAGUCUUUUAUCCUUGGUUCAGUGCUCCCUUGGGUCACCCUCCCCCUCUGCCCAGGAGACUGGGGGGAGGGGAACGGGCUGUUUUCCUGCACAUUUGA